AAGGGGAAGCACCCGUGCAUGUGGCUGGCGCCUGCCUGGUCUGGACACCCACCCGUCCGCGCCGCUUGCCCGCGUCAGCCGCGUCCCUGAACCUCGGGGUCGUGUUUGUGUUUGACCCGCGGGCGCCCGCGGCUGGGCUCGCGGCCGAGGCCGGUGCCAGCGGGGCGGGGCGGGCACGGCGGAGGCGGAGGAAGAGGGAGCAGGAGCCCGGGGAGGCCCGGCGCCGCCAUGGAACUGGGCCCUGAGCCCCCGCACCGCCGCCGCCUGCUCUUCGCCUGCAGCCCCCCUCCCGCUCCGCAGCCCGUCGUGAAGGCGCUGUUUGGCGCACCUGCCGCCGGAGGUCUGUCGCCUGUCACCAAUCUGACGGUCACCAUGGACCAGCUGCAGGGGCUGGGCAGUGAGUGUGAACAGCCACCAAAGACAAGAAACAGCAGUUUGCAGAGAAUGGGCUCCUCUGAGUCAACAGAUUCAGGUUUUUGUCUGGAUUCUCCUGGACCCUUGGACAGUAAAGAAAACCUUGAAAAUCCCAUGAGAAGAAUAAAUUCCCUACCUAAGUUCCUGGGGUGUAGCCCAGCUCUGAAGAGGAGCCAUUCUGAUUCUCUUGACCAUGAUGUCUUUCAGCUGAUUGACCAGGAUGAGAACAAAGAAAAUGAAGCCUUUGAGUUUAAGAAGCCAAUAAGACCUGCGUCUCGUGGCUACCUGCACUCUCAUGGACUUGAAGAGGGUAAAGAUCUCCUUACACAGAGGCAGAACUCUGCCCCAGCUCGGAUGUUUUCCUCAAAUGAAAGAGAUAGCAGUGAGCCAGGGAAUUUCAUUCCUCUUUUUAUGCCCCAGUCACCUGUGUCUUCCACUUUAUCUGAUGAAGAUGAUGGCUUCAUGGAUCUUCUUGAUGGAGAAAAUCUGAAGAAUGAUGAAGAGACCCCGUCAUGCAUGGCAAGCCUCUGGACAGCUCCCCUAGUAAUGAGAAGAACUACAAAUCUUGGCAAUCGAUGCAAGCUGUUUGAUUCCCCUUCCACAUAUAGCUCCACUGCCAGGUCAACAUUGAAAAGACCAGAAAGAUCUCAAGAGGAGUCACCACCUGGAAAUACGAAACGGAGGAAAAGCACAACUGGUACCAGUCCUGGAGAGGCAGCUAGUCCAGAGAAGUCCCAGGAGGAUCUACAUCAAUCUUUAUCCCUGGCAUCUUCCCCAAAAGGGACCAUUGAGAACAUUUUGGAUAAUGACCCAAGGGAUCUUAUAGGAGACUUCUCUAAGGGUUAUCUCUUUCAUACAGUUGCUGGGAAGCACCAGGAUUUAAAAUACAUUUCUCCAGAAAUUAUGGCAUCUGUUUUGAAUGGCAAGUUUGCCAACCUCAUUAAAGAGUUUGUUAUCAUUGACUGCCGCUACCCAUAUGAAUACGAGGGGGGACACAUCAAGGGUGCAGUAAACUUGCACAUGGAAGAGGAGGUUGAAGAUUUCUUACUCAAGAAGCCCAUCGUACCUACUGAUGGCAAGCGUGUCAUCGUUGUGUUCCACUGCGAGUUUUCUUCUGAGCGAGGCCCUCGUAUGUGCCGGUAUGUGAGAGAGAGAGAUCGACUUGGUAAUGAGUACCCCAAACUCCACUACCCUGAGCUGUAUGUGCUGAAGGGCGGAUACAAGGAAUUCUUCCUGAAAUGCCAGUCUCACUGUGAGCCCCCCAGCUACCGGCCCAUGCACCAUGAAGACUUUAAAGAAGAUUUGAAGAAGUUCCGUACCAAGAGCCGGACCUGGGCAGGGGAAAAGAGCAAAAGGGAGAUGUACAGUCGUCUGAAGAAGCUCUGAGAGCUGCGGUGCUAGGCAGCAGCAGCCAAGCCUACCUUCCUUCCUCCUUUUCACCUUCUUUGCUGCAAAGAAACUUGAGCAAAGAGGCCAGCUGACAUUUGGAGAGAGGGCCUGGGGCGUCCAUGCUUUAAACUUACUUCCCACACUCCCAAGGUUGGAGCCCAGAGCAUCUUGCUUGCUCUGCCACUUCUGUCCCCUAUAAGACAUCCUCCUGCAUCAGGACUGCUCUGCCACAGCACAGUUCCAAGCACCAUGUCCAGAUGUUCAAACUCUUCAUUCCCUGCAGCUGGAUGAGCCACCUGGGACCUUACUGGGCACUGGCCUUCAUCCCUGAGGGAAGGGGAGGGGAGGAGAAAGAAGGAGAAGGGAGUGGAAGUGGAGAGAAGUUAGAAAAACAGAAAUGCUGCUGGCCAAAUACCAAAGACAGCCUGGGAAGGAAAGGUCUUUUUGGGAUAACCCAUAUCUUUAAUUUAUUCAACAUCAUCAAUCACUUUAUUAUUAUUAUUUUUUUAAUUCCUGGAGACUUAUUUAACUACUUUAGGUCAAAAUACUGCCAUUCUAGGUAGGGUUUUAGCAUCCCAGGGGCUACCUCUGCUUUUAAUUAAAAAAAAAAAAAGAAAAGAAAGGAAGGGGGAGGAAGAGGCAAACUCGUGAGUUGUGGGACAGAGACCUAGGAGCUCUGUCACCCCCAGGAGGCACUGCGGUACUGGGGCUGCUGCUAUUUAAAGCCAAGAACUGAGAUACUAGUGGGAGCAGGCACUGGACUCAGGCUUGGCUAUAGGACAUAAGCUAAAAAACUUCCCAGACCUACCUCGAAGGCCAUGAGAUCUUUCCUGUGAGAGGUCACCCUGCCCUUCCUCUCCCCAGUUCCCUGUGAUGUUGGCUGGUGUAGGAGUCAGUCAGGAAAGCACUUCAGGCAGCUUCCAUUUGGCCUUCCCAGGUCAGUGUUGGAACAAAGUAGUGUAGGUACCCCAGAGAGGGGGACAGGGAUGGGUGGGCUCUGUGGGAUAGGGGAGGGGAGUAUACACUGAGUGUCUUCCUUCUAUUAAUCUGAUACUCUUUGGUAGCUUUUAUUUUAAUUUAAAAAAAAUAGUCAUUUAUGAGUCAAAGAGUAUCAAAUCAGUGUAGACUGGGCCACCCAAGUGUGGAGAGAAGGGCUGGUAACCCUGGUCAUGACAAGGGUGUGGGUGCUGGCAAAGAGAUGACUGUGUAGAAUGUGUUUCUCAGGAGGCAGUGUGGUGGAUUUUGAAGGUGAAACUUUCUGAGUUUAUCAUGUUUUAAUUUGAGGGACAGGAAGUGAUGGAUCAUCACCCCUGGUCCCCUCAUCUAACCCUUUGGAAGUGGGGGUCUCAAAGGAACACCUCCCAUCCAAGGAGCUGGGGCUGAUUUGAUUGAGUCUAGACAGGCCUGUUUGGUCCCUGCUCAUCCCCACUCUUAGUUACCAGCCUCCUCACCAUCUUUGCUCCAUUGGGGUAUAGCCAACUUUGUCUUAUACACAAGAGUCAAUCUCCCCUCUUGCCUCUGUUUUCUGUUUGGUGGUAGGGAGGGAAUCAGUGAUAUUGGAGAUGACUAGUUGCUGUGUUAUGGGUUUGAGUUGCAUUUGGCUAUAAAACAAUCUUGUUAGAAAAGAUUAUGGGGAGGAGAGGAACAAAAAGGGAGAGGGAAAUGACCUACCCCCCCCCACACACACACACAUUGAGAGACAUCUCAGUUGGUCUCUAAUUUGUAGGGAUUCUGUUGGUUGAAUACUCGAGAGGUGGGAUGGCCUUCAGAUUGUACCAACUUAGCUAGCAUUGCAAACCAGCUGUUGUAGUCUCUGAAAAUAAAAACCUUG